AUGACGGCGGUGGCAACGGCGCAAGCAGCGGCAGCAGCAGCGGCGGUAGCAGCUGCCACAGCCACGGCAACGGCCACGGCAGUUGCGGCGACAGCAACCGCGGAGACGACGGCUUCACAGAUGGGCAAGCCACCGGCCAUGGCAGCCACCAACGGCAGCAUCAGCAGCAGCAGCACCAACAGCAACACCAUUGCGAUGAGCAACAAUCACAGCAACAGCACCAUUAGCAACAUAGGCAACGGCAAUAGCACCACCACCGCCACCAGCGGGAACGGCAGCAGCAACAGCGAUCCUGCCGGCGUACACAAUCAUCAUCAUCACCACCAGCACCAGCACCACAGCCGGCAUCAUCAUUUGCUAGAGACACCAGCGAAUGGAGCAGGAACCGGAACGGGCCUUGGAGGAGGAGCGGAUGUUGCAACAGCAGCGGUGGCGGUAGCGAAUCAACCAGCAACGCCGGUUGCAAGUGCAACUGGCAGCGAACGCAGACCACCAUUGCUGGGUGCACCGCCGCCACCGCCACCUAGUAACGGCGGUAGCAUCUCCACCAACAGCCGAUCGGCGGCAGCAGCGGCCGCAGCAGCAGCAGCCAUCGCCUACCACUCGCUGAUGCCCAACUACUAUCCCAGUUCGCGGCAGCUUCAGCACUUGCAUGCCCAUGCCAGCUCGAGGACUGGCCACCAGCUCCCACAUCCGCUCCCGCACCCACAACCUCACCCGCAUCCGCACCCACAUCCCCACUCGCACAACCAGCCGCAGCCGCAUCCGCAUCCACACGUACUGCCGCCGGCCACGCCCCACCACCAGCCGGCCGCCCACCCGGCCCAGUACCAGCUGCAGACGCUGAGCCACUACCAUCAGCAUCUUUAA